AGAAAUGUUCAUUGUGAGGUUUUGGGGUCCCCGGACACGUCUGUGAAUUGCCACUCUGAGGUUCUGCAGGACAUUGGGGUUUCCAUGUCCCAGUUUCCCCUGAUGGUCCCACAAAGAGCUGAGGAGGCAGAGCCCAUGGUGGGCAGCCCCCAGACCCCCAGGGAAGGGGGAGAGCGGUGGGACAGAGCCCGGGAGAGCCGUGACAGAGGGGACAGCACGGCAGGGGCCGAAGGGCAGCGGUGGGGCCGGGUCCCUGCGGCUCCUCCCGCCCCGUGUCUGCCCGGCGGGUCCUGGCCGAGCCCUCCUGGCCGGGCUGCACUGCCCAGCUGGCCCCGAGCGCUGCCCAGGGGCUGUUGGCCAAGUCCCCCAGAGCCGGGCUGGCCCUGGCCCUGGCCCAGGACAGGCCCAGCUGGGCACGGCUGGCUCACGGGCACGACCGGGCCGGGGCUCAGGCUGGUGGGGCUGGGCACAGCCAUGUCCCAAAGGAUGCUCGGGAUUCUUUGUCAGCAAGGUCAGGGAUUAGGGACAGAGCAGGGUUUAUUGGGGCUGUGAGCUGAGCUCCAGCAGCACCCUGGCUGUCACGUAAUGAUGGGCCACGGCUGUUCCUCCCAUCAGUCCAGGGCACGUGUCCACAUCAAUCUCCCCAUGUUGAUGUCUAUAAUUGUAUUUCGUCAUUAUCUCUUUGAUGAAGCUUGUCAGCUUGAAUUCCUAAUUACCUGGAAUUUUUUUUUUUGCCACCGCUCCCUUUCCUGAUGCCCCAGGCCCUUUGGGAGGUGUAUAAAAGGCCCAAAGGUUCCACAGAGCUCCAUUCACCUUCCACUGCUUGACUCGCCUUGUCAACUUGCUCUGCCAGCCGAGCCAAAGGAUGUCCUGCUCCAGCCUGUGCGUCCCCAGCUGCGGGGUGGCCACCCCGGCCCCUCUGGCUGACAGCUGCAACGAGCCCUGCGUGCGGCAGUGCCCCGACUCCACGGUGGUCAUCCAGCCCCCGGCCUCGGUGGUCACCUUCCCCGGGCCCAUCCUCAGCUCCUUCCCGCAGCAGAGCGCCGUGGGCUCGGCCGGAGCUCCCUACGUGGGAGCCGGCUCCGGGGGCGCCUUUGGGAGCCGUGCCAGCUACGGGGCCCUUGGGGGCUACGGAGGUUACGGAGGCUGGGGCUUUGGAGGCCGUGGUGGCUACGGAGGCUGGGGCUAUGGAGGCCGUGGGCUCUACGGGGGUUGGGGCUGUGGAGGCUAUGGGGGCUAUGGGGGCUAUGGGGGCUACGGCAGCUGUGGCUACGGCGGCUGGAGCAGUGGCCACCGCUACCUCAAUGGCAACUGCUGGCCCUGCUAAG